GUCCACAUCGAGAUUCCGUUCAACGUUGACGCACAUUGUUGUCUUGCAAACGGCUGGCGAACGGAGCUUUCAUCGCCGCUCGCCGGAAAUUUCAGUUCAGUGGAGAGGAGGAUAGUAGCAGCGCGCAAAACCCUUCAAGGAACAUCCGAUCCGCACUCACACGAGGAAGCAGAGGUUUGAGAGCGAGAGAGCACGACUGUGGUCACUCCGGGAUAGAUGAACGGGGAGUGUGUGUGUGUGCGGGAGCGAGAGCGAGAUAGCACAGGACGGGACAGAGCGAGACGGGGAGUUAUAUGUGUAUUAAUAUUUGAAAUAUAAAUUAUAAAAGCGAUCGGCAGUCCGAGGACCACUUCCAGACAGAGUCCACUGAGUCCACUGAGUACGCGCCCGGAGCAAGUCCCACUUCCGAAGGAAGUCCCAAGAACUCUCAAGCUCUCGCAUCGAAGUGACCAGCGCAGCGUUGCGGGCUAGCGCGCAGGAUAAGAGCGCGCGGUGGUGGUUCGAGUCUCGUGGUGAAAACGGUUGGUGAAAUUUUUGAGUUUUUUUUUUGUUCGUCCGUUGAAACGUGAGUGAUUGACAAAUUUUGAGUGUUUUGUGAAGAGAGAGAGAGGGUGGAAGUUGUGUGCGGUGCGCUGCGGUAAUGUUUUAUGCAUACUUAGUCACAGUAACUAACCGCUGCGCUUAACACGGCUAAGAAAGCGAAAACCGCGAACCGAAAACCGAAGUUGAUGCAUAAUUUUGUGGGCUCUCGAGAGCUUUUGCACGCGCGCACACACCGCAAUAAAAGAGAAAUAGUUGGAUAAAGAGGAGCGCUUGCGAAAAGUGAAUUUAUUAAAUAAUAUUACAUCAAAACAGUAGAGAAACAAAACGGCAGAGUCACACCAUAGAGCACACAGUGGGAAAAAAGGGGCACGGAGAACGAGAAAGCAAACCAAACCAAAAAAUAAAAAAUAAAGAAAUAACAAACCAAGUAAAACCACAGUAAAGUGCAGUGCAGACAAGAAGAAGGGAAAACAAAUUCGUGAUUUGAAAUUGCAACGAGCAGCAGCAGCAAAUCGAAAGAGGAAUAAAGCGAAAAGUCAACACCAGUAAAGUGCAAACGAAACAAGCGAAAAAUUGCAAGUUCGUCAAAUUUGAACAUCAAAAGGAUCAACUCUAACAGAGUCUAGCAGCCGGCUCAUUAGCCGCCUCCCACAACAGGUUCUCCAGCCAGGAUCAGGUUGAGCCAUACUGAACGCCCCCGGAGAGGAGAUGAGGAGUCUGGAUAAGCGCCGGAGGCCGACACCGGGAAUAACGACGACGACAACGAAAUGCUGCUCCUUCUACUCCUCGGCCCUGCUCGGGCUGGUGCUCCUCCUCUGCACAUCGAUGUCAGUAGUACAAACAGGACCGGUCAUCAGGCCGCGUCGGAUGAUGCGGGACAUCUACGGUGAAAUCACAGACGCGAGUGCACAAAAUGUCACCAAUUUCAUCGAUACCUGCCAGCACGACGGAACGCAAGUGUCCAGGGCGAGCAUAGUCUGCCAGAAGAAGCAUGGCUGUCGGGCGAUCCAGAAGACCGGCGAGUGCUGUCCGGAUUAUCAGUGUGAAUGCCAACGUGAUGGCAAGACCUACACAAACGGAGAAAAAGUGCUGGAUCCAGAUACGCCAUGCAGAGUAUGUUACUGCCAAGGUGGCGAGAUCACUUGCAGUCAGGUAACGUGCUACAAGCGACACGACUGUGAGCCAAAGUUCAUCGCCGGUCGAUGCUGCCCGGAGUACGAUAACUGUCCUCCUCUAGAAACUUCCAAGAUCACCGAAGCUACCAGCGCAAAGGAGGAGCUGAUCGAGCUGAAGGAAACGGAAAUCGACGCCACCGAGCUGGAACAGGCCAAGGCCGACUCAACGAGCACGACAACCACAACCCCCACGACUUCCACGGCGUCUCCAACGUCCGAAUCAACCGAGGGCCCUUCCACGUCCCGAACCAUGCUCGCCGAGGGCAACAGCAACCCGCUGGGUAUCAAAAUCAAAGAAACCACCAAAGCGGAAGAGAUCCGCUACACCGACAAUCGCCCGAAGAUCUCCGACACCAUGCAGGAACGCGAGGAGGCGAUGCGACCGGUUUCGGUGGAAGCGGCGUCGUCGCACAGUGAAGAGGCGAACAACUUGGAGCACUUGGACAUGAACGUCACGGAUGACGGCGAGGAGGGUAUGAAGAACGUCAGGCACACGGAUGAGGAUUUGUUGGUUAAUGGGACGUCGGAGGUCACUGAGUCGGGUGAGAGUUUGUUGCCGUCUUCGACGGCUGGGCCGGAGUCGGAAGAGCUGCAGGCUUCGUCGGAAGCGAGUAGUAGUACGUCGACGACGACGACGACGACGGUGAGGGUGCUUUCGGUUGGGGUUUCGACUACGGCUGCGCCGGAGGAUGUUUCCGAUGAGGUGACCAAGAAGGAUAAGCCGCUGCCGGCGGUGGUUCAGAUUGGGGACAAGCUGGUGAUAGUGGAUCACAACCAGGAGAAGCCGAUAACGGUGAUUCAGGUGGAAGAGGUUGAGGGAUUGCAGCGGGGGGAGGAUGACAUCUCGUACGAUCCGGAGAUGUAUACGGAUCGGACGCCCGACAACCGGGAGAGUCCGAAGCACAUGAAGCUUGAGGGUGGGGAAAAUGAGAUGUUGUCGACGCAGGCAGAUUCCAGUGCGGCUUACGAGACGGUAUAUCACGGGGGGUCGACGGAGAACUUGGCUUCGGAGGAGGUUUUUGAGACACAACACUUUACGGAGGGACCGGAAAGUGCGGAGCAUAACGAUACCCAGACGGAUCAGCUAUUGGCUAGUAGUGAGGAAUUCAUUCAGAUAAGCUCAGCAUCUUCGUCGGAGAAGCCUGCACACUUGGAAGAGGAUCACACGACUGUUAAUCCAUUGCUUUCGAGCGGAGAAGAAGGUAGCACAACGCUGUCGGAUAUGCAUAUGUCUUCCGUCAGCUCGGAAGCUUCUGGAGAUGAGGUGUUCGAUACCCAUUACUACACGGAGGGACCGGGAGGUUCGUCGGAGAUCAGUGAGGAAACGUCUGAGCCGACCAUACCUUCCCAGGAUCUACCAGCCGACGAUAUGACCACUCACAGGAAGACGUACAUCGAGGACGACGAGCACGACCUGAUCCAACCCGGAUUCCAGCCCAUCCCGGAAGACUUCAGCUUGCCGCUGCGAGAUCAACCAGCACUGAUGGACAUUGCGGAGGAGGUGGAGCAGCAGAACCCUCAUCUGAAGAGCGAACGCAAGGAGGACGGAGCUAUGGGAAAGAUCCUCUCGGAAGUGCUGGAGUACCGCAAAAAUGCCUCGUCAUCGACAACUACCACAACGGAAGCCUCCAGUGAGGUGGACAACGAAGUGACCGUUUCUCCAGCUUGGCUAAAGGAAGAACCUAAACCGCAGCUGCGAGCACCGGGUGAGCCUCAUCUAGUUCCAGAGUGGGAACGGAACAACGGAACCAACAGCACUUUGUCGUCGGAAGAGGAUUUCAGCGGAGCUGGCGAGCUGCACGUGCUCAAGAUGCACUCUGAGGAGUACAUUGACGGUUCCGAGGGCAGUGGGCUGAGCACGGCCAGGAAAGAUCCGGAGGAGACGACGCUGGCUCCGUCGAAGGUGGCGCACGACAUCGAUUCGGCGGAAAGUGGGUCGUCCGAGUCGGACAGCAUCAAGCACAAUCCGAAGAACGACGUUGAGAGCCUCAAGUACGACGAGAACGAGAACAGUACCGCGGAAGAGGUGCUGCCGAAGAAGGCGGCUGCGAGUGUUUGAGGGAAGACGACGUUGGGUAGGACAAUUCAAUCAAUUGAACUAUUUUAAAGCCGAUGGAGAUGUAAGGUAGCUAAACAAAUUUACUGAUCAAGUAUUUAGCGAAACUAAACAGGAAUUCUUGACUUCUGAAGGAAACUGGUUGCAUGCGGCGUUGUUAUGCUUUCUGAACGUUGACAUUGCCUCCGCAAAUGUCAAAAUCCAUACAAACAUUCCAUUUGUUUGCUUUUUUUUGAAGGAGUUUGACGAUUGCUGAAGCAAUGUUUACAUUCAUAAAGUGAGGUUAAAAUGAUGGCAACCAACUUGUAACCGGAAUCGAAACAGGACAGGUCGAGAAUUAGGUGCCAGUUGUUAGAAGAAACGCAUACGUCUCUCUUUCUCCUUGAUUAGCAAGUAAAUAUUAUUUAUUAUUCCACUCUCUCUCAAUCUUGUUCUUAUUCACGUGGGCAACCACUUGUCGCACGUGUUGAGACGAGAUGAAGAUUCUCCAAAACAAUGCGCUUUAGACGAAUAAUUUUAGUGCCAUUUUGUUCAUCAUCAAAAGAACGUGCAUCGAAUUUCGGCUAAAACCGGCGGACUGUCUCCCACAGACAUAGUGCAAUCACUUAGUAAGAAAAUGUGUUUCAAUUUUCACCAACUUUUUCAAGUUUUGUUUUUCAAGACCAACACGUAGCUAGUCAAUCUGGACUCUAGUUGUGACCGGCCAAGACUUGAGUUAGAGACAGGAGACGGAAAUUAAUCAAAAAUGUAUCAAAGCGCACGGAAACAUCCAUUAAAAGAAAACAUGGCACAAGAAUUUUUCCUUAAAUCACCAUCUCUCUGUAUUUCGAAAAGCGCAGCUCGAAGGCGUUAGUCGUUGUUGUAAGUUAUUUAUAAAUUUCGACUUGCUCGCAAGAGAAGCAACAAACCAAAAUUUUAUCCUUAUCAAUUGUCGAAUUUUAACACAGAGGCAUGUGAUAGCUACAUAUAUUCUCAAUUUACUAAACUACAAGGAGCAAAAAUGGACCUACACACGAAGGCGAGAAAUAAACUAAUGCUGUAAAUGCAAGAAGAGAAAGACAUUUAUUAAGUUUAGAAGCUCAAACUAAUUUGCACUACCACCAUCCACACCCAGAAACACACAAACUCUCUUUCUGAUAAGCAGAUGAUCCUUUAACUUGAAUAGAAAGAGCAAAUCGUAGCUUAAGUUUAAGACUGUUAUAGAAAUAUAAUUGAAAGAGGUGAAACAAAAAACAAACAAGAAAAUCAUUAUUUAUUGAUUAUUUAUGAUCGCUGCAAAACCUACAUUCAUUCGCGAUUCAGUUACGCCUCCCCCCGCCCAAACAAUGUGGAAACCCCUUAGGCAUUCCUUUCUCGAUUAUGUGUUUUACUGUUUAGAACCUAUUAGAUACUGCAAUUAUUUCAUUAGUCUAAGUGACCCCCUCCCCCUCUAGUACGUAGCAUUGUUAGGAUGAAAUCAAUUGAAAGAGUCAUACUUGUAACUUAAUAUAAGGAAAGUUAAUUAAUCAUUCAUCUUUUAUUUUUAAUUUAAAAUAAAAAAUCCGAUGCGAAUACUAUUGGAACUAUUCAGUACUGUUUUGCUGGCCCUCGGUGCGGUGUGAGGAUGUGUGAUCUUCGCAAGAAAAGAAAAGGAAGGAGAUUAUGUGGAGAGGACGUCCUUGCCGGAAGAAGGGCGGUUGAUUGCAAUUACAGGUGUAAAAAUAAAUAAAUUACAAUAAAACU